AUGUCUGUCCCGGGGUAUGCAGUACCCUCAAAGUUUCGUUGCGAAAAGCCCGGCUGCGAACUCACCACUUUCACCACUCGGUCCAAUCUCAACAGGCACAACUACUCCAAACACGGCACUGCUAUUCGCAUGUCCUGCGGAAAACCCUUUCCAAAUCAUAAGUCGAAUAUCAAGCGCCACCAGAAGUCAUGUGCAAGAUCCUGCACGGCUCUGGAUCAGCCUUCAAGUCCCGCUGCGCAAACCAGCUUCGGGUCACCUACGAGCGCAACCACCGGUGCCGCGGAGACUAGGGACUUCGAUUUCACCCUCGAAUUCCAUCCAGGAGAGUUCAGCGGUAUGAGCUUUCUCAUGGAGGACUAUACUUGCGAGACCCUUCAACCGGAAUAG